UACUCCGGCUAAUCGGUGGCUGGCACCUUUUUUAAGCGGAAAAUGAAAGUUGCAUUGGCGUGUUUGUUGAGCUUCUGCAGGCUUACAGUCAAUAUAUGCGUGAUUUUGCGGAGCCAUUACGUAGUGUGCAUUAUAAUUAUAGCAAAAAAUGGUCUAACGCUACAGCGCAGUCAGUUUGAGUUAAGUCGGUGGUGGGUGGGCGUUGCGGGGAUGAUGUCAAAGUUUCUUAAAUAAUAAAAAAACGAAAACUAAUAAAUAAACUUUGUAUAGCCAUUUAUUGUAUGUUCCGUUUGGUGCCGAUAUCUAUAUAUGUAUGAGGUUGCUUUUCUGCGUGCUUUGAGGUCGGUUUGAGCGGGAACUCUCUCCAGAUAGAUAUGGAUUCCGUGGAAUCGCUCUGCAAAUUCUUGAUUUAUUGUGCGUUGCGGAGAUGCAGGCUGUUAGACGAUGUCUGCAGAUUAUCGGUUUCUCUCACACCUGCGCCUCCUCUAGUUCGAUUCUCAGUUUCUGAUACAGGCAUUGGGAGCACCUUGGAGGAAUUUCAGACGUUCAAAUGCUCCAAUAAUCCCUUUUUUAUGAACAAAUGGGGUAAAACGUUCUUUACUCCUGGUUGUGUUGUACAAAAAUCCACACUCGUGAUAGAAGAACUGAUUAGAAGCUACGGUGAUGGAAUUCUUUGUGUUGUUACCACAAGCAUAUCUGAUAAAGAAAUACAUCUCCUUAAGUACGACAUGAAAGAGGUUGAAGCAUCAAAAAGACUGGUGAGACUACCAUCAAUGACAAAGAUUGGUGCAAAUUACAGUGGAACUGAAGUAUCAUUGUCAUUGUUUGAAGAGAAUGGUAGCCUAGUAAUAAUGUUAUCAGAAGUUAUUCGGAAGAUGCUUAUUCUGAAAACGGCGAAGAUUGCAGCUGAAUUUUCUGUUAUAGCUGGUGGCAAUGAGGAAUCAGGGUGUAAAAGCAUUAUUCUGCAAGGUGCAUGCAGUGACAUGCCUAUGGAUACAACGAAUAAUAUCGAGCAACUGAAGUUGGCAUUUCUGGAUUAUGUCUCCAAGCAUGGCAACAGACUGAUUGAAGCUUGCCAAUCUUGCUUCUCAACUGGCAAGGAUCCCAAAGUUGGUGCUGGAAUAGCUUGCAGUCCAUAUCGCAAACGAUGUGGCGAACAAGUUAUGGAAGUUGUGAUUAUCAUUAGUGAGCUAUCAAUACCUGCUCAGCCCUCCUGCCUCGAUCUAUGCAGCCAAAAGACAGAGGUCUUGUACUUCAGAGAUUUCUCCCACUGCUCAAUAUCCCAGUCAUGCCUAGAGGCUUUGUCCAGCUUCGACUGGAAAAAAUAUGGGUUGGCUUUAAAGAGUUUUGAAGAUCAAGAUGGUGCCACUUUAGUCGAAUGGGAGAACUUGCCACCAGGCGUUCACAUUGAUAUUGUGCUCCACAGAUAUAGUGAACAAGCAUUGAUGCAGCCUCUGGCAAGAAAGAACACAAGGGACAAAUAUCUUACCACCAGAGCUGUCAAGCUUGCAUUGAACGAUCUGAAGGAGAAGAGUGGUGAAGUUUUGCUCAGUCAGCACGCAGCCAAGAUUUGCAGCUAUGCACCUGAUCUGGCCAAGACAAUUUCAGGGCUGAUAUUGUCCUCAGAGGACAAGAAAUUCCAAGAAGACUGUCUGUCUCUUCUUGGGUUAAAGUUGGAUGAAAAUGCAAGCGACGCAGUGGAGAAGUGCAUCAAAGAUAAGAUCACUGACGUGGUAACCAGAAAUGAUAGAUAUCCCAGAGCAGCCAUUGUAGCCCCACUCCUCUUUAAAGAGCCUUCGUCACAUGGCCCAGAGCAUGGUGAUCAUUGCCAUGAAGGAGCAAUGGAAUUGUGGCAUCCAUAAACACCGUACAGCCGCUACUCGAAAGUGCGUACUGGAUAAAUUUCCGGCCGAACCUAAUACCUUGCAAACCAGGUCCGACGGGAAAGUCACACUAGAAGUAUUGCUUGUAUAUUAAAUGAAGGAAAUGUGUUUAGAUUAGAAAGC